AAGAAAACAGAUUCCAAACACAGUUGCCAGCACCACGCCGCUGCUUCCUGACUGUAAACUGAAGGUUCUCUCUGUCUCCUAGGCGAGUAAGAUAAUAGAUAUGGACGACGGUGGCUUUGCAAAUGGAUGCAGCCACGAAGAGGAGAUUCCGGAUAUGGAAAAUGAGAUCGAAUGUGACGAGUUCGACGAGGAGAUGGACGUUGACUGUGACGGCCCCUCCCAAGUUGUGAGGAAGAUGAACGGUUGGCACUCGGAGACGUCGACUGGGAAAAAGACGAGAGAGAGACAAGGGAAAACAAACGAACCACCACCAGAGAUUACACAAUGGAUUGAAGAGAAUUACGAAGUCUGCAAGGGAAGCCAUGUAGCGAGAGAGACGGUUUACAGCCAGUAUUGUCAUUUCUGUCAAACUAGAGGUCACGUAGCUGUCAAUUCUGCGAGUUUUGGGAAGAUCAUGCACCAACAUUUCAAGGGUUAUUUGAAAACUCGGAGACUAGGAACGAGAGGCCAAUCAAAGUAUCACUAUGAAGGUGUCCAAAUCAAAGAAGAUUCUGAGUACUUCGGUAAAGUAGAGAGUUUCAAAUCAUUAGCUGGUGAAAAGAAGGAGAUCGGGACUAAAGGAAAACCGGGAGCUACUAGUCCUGGAUUCAAUGUUGGAAGUCUUCUUCCUUCAUUUCCAAAUGCCAAAGAUCUGGACUUAACACCUGAAUUGAAGUCAACAGUAGAGACUUUCAUCAUGAUGUACAGAACACAUUGUCAGCGAAUUCUCAUUGCAGUUUCAAGAGCAAAUUUUGAUGAUGUUCAUAGUUUUUUGCUACACUUUUGGCAAGGACUGCCUGAUCAUUUACAAUCUCUUCUUGAGCUAGAUCUUGUCACUGACAUAGUUGGCUACUGUGAUUGUCUUCUUUCUAAGGUCAUUAUUGCCAUACUAAUUGCUUCACCGUUACAAGCUCUUCCUGAUAGCCUGACUACAGUGAUUCGCCAGUUUUCAUGCCAGUUUCAGAAAUGGUUAGAUACCGCACUUUCCGGAGUGCCUGCCAAGAUGUUGAAACAGAAAAAAGUUGUGGCUAAGGAAUUUUGUAAGUCUCUGAGGCGACAGACAGCUUUGACUGAGCUUUGUCAGUCUGUUCGCAACAUUGUUAGAAGCAGAGAGCUUAUCUCUCAGAUGAUUUCUGAUUGGAAAGAGCUAGACUUGAAUUCUUUGGUUAGUCAAUGCUUAUGGACAAUUUUUGAAAAGACUGACUCUUGCCAGGUCCCAUUCAAGACGGCAUAUAUAUGUCUUGACCAGUUUCAGUGUUUGCUUGAGAAUCAACUUCCAUUAGAAAAAUAUGCUCAAUGGAUAGAGACUCUCAUGAUGGAGUUUACAGUGAUGCGUAAAAGAACUACAGAUAUGACAUCAGAAGAUACAUCAAGGGAGUUCUUACUCAAGCUGUCAUUUUGCACUGCUGCACUGAUUAAAGAUCUGACACUUCACAGCUCACCAAGCUUUGGCUCGUACCACUUGCUGUUUACAAUGUUCACUGACUACAUUGCUUAUGUUUGUGAGCUGCAUGGGUUUGAUGCUAUUGAGAAAGAUUUGAAAAAUAGAUGGAGUGCUUGCUGUGUUAAAGGUCAAGAAGACAAAGCCCAGAAAAGAGCAAGUUCCAACCUGUCUCCUGACAGCACUGCUAGUUACACAACUGACCGUAAGCAACCACAGGAGAAACAUGGUGAAGUGGCGACACACAGUACAGGCAGAAGGCGUUCAUCAACAUCACCACUAGUCAGCAGUAUUUCACCUAAUGUUCAAACGUCCACUAAUCAGCCGACAGUACCCGCCCAUCAGCACUAUCCAGCUCCAAAUAGUGGACCUGUGAUGAUGGGAAUCCCACCCAUGCAGCCCAUGCAAACCUUGCAACACAAUCCAGCAAUUUAUGGAGCUCAUCAAGCUCAGCAUCCUAACCAGACUUAUGGGUCGGGACAGAUGUAUGGUUAUGGAGGAAUGAUAUAUGGUGAUUAUGAGUCGACCAUGGCACCAGCUGAAAACACUGCAAUGAUGUCUGAUCAUGCACAUGGAAUGAUUGCACAGGGAGGAUAUUUCCCGCCUCAGACGGGCUUUGGACAGCCAACGCAGGGUUAUCCAGAUAUGUUCUACGGAGCUGUUACAGAACAACAUCAACUUCUUUUGUGAUGUUCUGAAUGCUGUGUUCAACUGUACAUUGAUUGCACUGCAUGCUGAUUACGGCCAUAGAUUGCAUGAGUUAUAUGUUGCAUACAAUUGCUUCAACUGAAGUGGUUGAGCUGCUGUUAAUUGCAAGAGAAAUUACAUGUAAAACAAGUUGUGAAGCAUAUGAAUAUGAAUCACUGAAUG